AACCGGUCAAACCCCCUAAGUUAGUGUGAUUCAUACUACUACUCCUUAUUAUAACAUCUUUGGUUUGAAAAGUUAAACACCUAGCUAGCUAGCUCCACUUAUUACGGACUAAUUAACAAACUUUCCAUGCAGUGAGUGAGGAUCGGAGAUCAUCAAGGCGGAGGCGGCGGCCGGCGGGAGGAUCACCACCAUGACAACCGGCGUCAAGAUGGAUCGCAGCCACAACAAGAAAUACCCCAUCACCUCUCUAGCCAUGGUUUCUCUCCUACUAGUCAUCUCCCUUUGCCUCUGCACAUGGACCCCACUCUCCAUUUCCUUCCUUCCCCAGUCCCACUUCACAUCCAAGGGGACGGUGGUAAAGGACCAUCUGGAAGAAGCCUUGCAGAGGGCGACGAUGGGAGCAAGGAGCAAGACAGUGAUCAUAACGAUAAUAAAUCGGGCGUACGUUGAACCGGUCAACGGCGAGACCCAGUCAAUGCUGGAUCUUUUCCUAGAGGGGUUCUGGGAGGGGGAAGGGACGAGGGCGUUGGUGAACCGGAUGCUAGUGGUUUCAAUGGACCGAACUGCCUAUCAGCGGUGCAUUUUCCGCCGGUUGCAUUGCUAUAGGUUGAGAACUGACGGAGACGGCGAUGGGGACUACGCCUCUGAGAAGCUUUACUUGUCUGACGGGUUUGUGAGGAUGAUGUGGAGGAGGACUCUCUUCCUCACCGACGUUCUUAAACGUGGUUACAACUUCAUUUUCUCAGACACAGAUAUAAUAUGGUUAAGGAACCCAUUCACGCGAUUAAGUCUCAACACCACAGAGGAUUUACAAAUAAGCACAGACGCCUUCGACGGUGAUCCAUGGUCGGAAAAGAAUCCGAUCAACACCGGGUUCUACUACGUACGGUCCAACAACCGGACCAUAAUGAUGUUCGAGGCAUGGUAUAAGUUGAGGGAAAGGUACCCGAGCAGUAGUCGAAUGAAGGAGCAAGACGUGCUGGCGAAGAUGAAACGUGAUGGCAUGUUGAGGGACAUGGGGCUCCUCGUACGGUGCUUGGACGUUGUCCACUUCAGUGGCUUUUGCAGCGACAGCAAAGAUGUCACUGCAGUGGUGACUGUCCAUGCAAAUUGUUGCAAGUCCAUUAAGGCAAAAAUGGUGGAUCUUAGAAAUGUUUUGAAGGACUGGAAGGUUUAUCGCCGCCAGAAGUACUCUUCUUCAAGUAAUAAUAAUAAAGAAGAAAUCAGUAGAGAUUUCAAGUGGUCGGAACAUGUUUCGUGUAGAAAUUCCUGGAAAGGAUUUAAUGCAACAACAAUAGUACAUUGCCUACAUGAGCGCUGAUUCCCAAGCGACAAUAUGAAUUUGUAACCUUUGGUUGAAAUUAAUAAAAUUAAUUUUCCAAACUAUUUUAUUCGCAUUCAAUUUUUUUCCCUGAAAGAGCAACCAUCAAGAUAAGUAGCCAAGUCCAAAUCUACGAAGAUACACAUAUCUCCAUGAUUUGUAGCCAGGGUUGCUCUAAUUUCUUUCGAUUAGGCUCUUCCACUAAUAAGGAAGAACGCAAUUUUGUUCGGGUCUGACUUUUUACCGAAAAGAAAGAACGGCUAGAACAAGAAGUAAAUUAAGGAGUGGAUG